UCCCUUCUGCCAAAGCAGUCGGGAUUUCAUUUUUUUUUAUUCCGUCUUACCCUGGUUCUACUCAUGAACUAGCAAUCACACGGAAUAAAAAAAAUGAAUUAGGUCACCGGUAUUAUUGAGUCUGUAAUAUCCUAACAUCGGGUGAAUUAUCGAGUAAAACAUCCAAAUUGUUCACUCUAAUAAAUAAAUUGUUGGUGAUCAUAUGCAGAAAUUUUUGACAAAGGGCAAAACAUGGCUGAGAAUUUGGGUAAACGACCGUCGAAGGGCAUUUUGAAGACUUCGAGCAGCUUUGACAGCCACGAGGCACCCAGUGGUUUAUUUUUCAUUAUCAGACCAAAUAAAGAAACGAAAUGGGACGAGAUGAAUAUCAUUGCAACGCUGCAUCCAGCAGAUAAGGAUUACGGUCACAUGAAGAUUGAAGAGCCGAAAACUCCGUAUAAUUACGAGGGUUUCGAUAACAAACAUGAGGACGAUGAACUGGACUCAUCGGUUAUCACUGACAAGCUUGCUAGGAGCAGCAAACCCAAGAUAUUCGAGGAAUUGAGUGACGAGGAGGAAGAGGAGACUCCCGAGCAACGAGCGACCCGAAAAAUGUUUGAGGCAAAGCGAAGAAUUCAUUACAAGGAGUGGGAGACAGUGCAGCUGGCCCGAAAGAAAUUCAUCGAGGACGACGAAGACAGCGACGACGAGGCUGAGCCUGAUGGGAGCCAGCGCCGAUACUACGAUGAGUACGACAGCGAUUCUAGUGGCAUCGUCGAGAGCACAAAUCGUGUUUGUCCCUCUGAUAGCGAAAUGCAGCCAAAAUUAAAUACCCCUGAAUAGACAUCCCUCAGCUCAGCCAAACAUCCACUAAUGCAUUAAAUAUUAAUUUCAUUUAUCGCCGUUGAAAUAAAUCCAGGUGUAGUGCGUAAAGAUGUAGCUGAUAGUGACAUAAUUAACUAAAAAUGGACGCUUCCAUUUGAUCAAUAUCUUCCAAUUAAAACUUGAUGCUCGAUUUAUUAGGGGGCAAGUUGUAUAACGCAACGAAAUUAGACUGAGACAUUUCAAAAUGUGAAGAAUGUUUCUCUGGAAAUUGACUAAAUUGACAAUUUAUUUGUAAUAUCGAUUGAUUAAUUAGCUACCAUCAUUAUUUAUAUUUCGAUUUAUUUUCGUGUGAUUUUUGUUCCGGGCUUUAUCAUCAUUGUUGUAGCACUAUUGCCGAUUAAAUACGUAAAUGAAUAUAUUAUAUACGUAAUGUAUCUAGAGAUUUAGAUUCAAUUUUUGGGAGAAAAAUAUUGACAAGACAGAUUAACACAACUAGAUACUGAUGAUACAGUUAGUUAGAGAUAAUAGAUAUCGAUGAUAAUUUUAUAAUAAAUUAUAAAAUUGUUAGAUCGGGAUAAGAUAUUUUUCGGAGUUCGAUGGAGUCGAUUAUUAUUACAUUCAAUAUUUCCUAUGCACUUUAGAGUAAUUAUGUGUGGUAAAUCGUGAAUAAUUAAGGAUUACUGGUAGAUUAUUAUUGAUUUUUCUUGUCGAGUAGCAAAUAUUUAAUUGUACUCAAAUGCUUAUCAAUGUUUUGAGAGAGAGGAUAUUUUUUUUGUCAUUCAGGGUUUGUUGACUAGUUGGAGAUGCUGAUUUGCGAUAUCUGUGUAAUCGAGUCAAUAAUUAGAGAUGAUUGGAAUCAGUAGGAAUUAAUGAUUUGUUGUACAGUUUGUGUCAAAUGUAUUGGGGAUCAUUGAGUAAGUGAUUUAGAGUUUUUUUCCUGUUGUGAAAUGAGGAUAUCUGGCUAGCACUUUUUUUUUAUGAGAAAAAAUUGAAUUGAUCAUGAUUUUCAUCUAUAAUUUAUAAUUUAAUCAGAAAUUAGCUACUUAACAAUUUUCAUUUUUCCGUGAAAUCAUUUUUGUGCUUUCCGAUCAUUUAUGGUCAAGAAUAUUGAACGGUUUAUAUCCAUUAAUAAUCUUUUAUAAUAAUUUCCAUAUUUUAAUUUUCCAAAUUAAAGUUAUGUCUCCAAAAAUUCCUCAUUUCACAACUGAAUUGUUAGUGACAAAUCAUGUUAGACUAGUGAAAUGUGUAAUAUUCCCCAAAAGAAAGAACAACGGGCCCCAAUAUUCAGGAUAAAUAAUUCCAGUUUUAUACUCGACGAUUAGUAACUAGAAUUAUUUAAAAAAAAGCAAAGAAAUGUACAUAAAGAUGACGAUAAUUGGAUUAUCCAACAGGAUGAACUCCACUUCAAGUAGAAAAGGAACAUCGAGAUCUGGCUGCUGCUCGGCGUGUGGAGCAUUUCUGUCGUAUCGUAAAUCAAAUAAAUGAGAGAUAAAUCGUCCAAACGAAUGCAAGAAUCACAUCCAGAUGUUUUAAAUUAAAAAUCAUGUAAAUGCAACGUGUAAUAUCAUAUUGAUAGUGUUACAUCGCCGUCCUUGAAAAAUAGAAUUCAACUAGGGAAAUUCAUUGUCACCAGUUGACUGGCCUAUAGACUGUCCAAUGCCGAUGAAAAUUCACUUUCGAGCAGGAGACUGUGUUUACUUGCACGUAAUGUUUUUUAGAUUACUACAGACGUAAACUAGAGUACAUGGGUGUGGCCAUCCAUAAGUUAAUGUAAAAGCAUGAUCGCAUGAUUCGUUUGUAAUGAUGGUUGAUUAAUUAACGAUUAUGGAAAAAUUGUGACACGAUAGAUUGUUCAAUAUUGUAUAAUGAAAAGUGAUAAAAUUAUAUAUAUUUAACACGGAAAUAAAAAUUGUUUGGUAGA